AUGAUAACAGUGUCAGCAACGUCGUCGCGCUUGAAGCUCUGUCUCAUCGAGGUAGUCGUUCUUCUGCAAUUCUGUAUUAUAUUGCGUUCUCGAGAAUUCGUUGUUGAUGCAUUGUUCUUCUUGCAGAUGAAGAAUAAUGGCAGUGAGGAUGUUACUAUUGAAGAAACUGAGUUGGGGGAGGUUCUGUUAGGAGUUAGUUAUGCAGGGUUGUUAGAAGGUUAUUUAGGAAGGUUAGUUGAAAGCCAUGUUAAUACGGUUAGGGAGUUAGUUCUGUUAUGGACAAUAGGUUAUGGGCUUGUUUAUGGAAAAGAGAGGUGCGGACGGUGCGGAAACGUUUUGGUUCAUGAAGAAUUUAAGGCAUGGUUCAUGGUUAUGAAGGAAAGCAUGGUUCAUGGUUAUAAAGGCAAAGCAUGGUUCAUGGUUACAAAUGAGUGA